AUGCCUCCGAAGGAUCCGAGCACAAGGCGAGAUCAGCGGCUUCGUAUAUGCCACUGCGGGAUCUACUGCAAGAUUCCGACAGAAGUCGCUGAUACAACCUAUCGACGACACCAGGAUGCAGUCAAGGCAAUAUCCGGCACCGUCCUACCUUCUUUUGAUCUAGCCACACCUGCACUUCAAGCCAUGUUUGCUCAAAAAUCUGCCGAGAAUGCAAACUUGGCUCAGGAGACUGCUGCAAGCUCUCGCAAGCGCACGUCCACGGACCGCUCGCACAAGUCAUCUCAUUCUAAGCGAAGAAAAGUCAUGGAUGGAGUUGAAGCGGAAGGACACAAUCUAUCUAUCUUGGGUCACGACGAAGAAGUUCAGGGUAGCGAGGGUCUCCAAGGCGGCGCACAGGGGGCUCUGCCUCAUGUGCAUGAGAGGGAUAGAUCUCCUGGCAGCCAUGAUCAGGUAGACCCAUCUAUGUCGACGCUAGAUGAUCACCACAAUACGGACGCUUACGAUGUACCUGUGCCCGAUAGCCUGCUCCGCCAACAUUCCAUCGAGCCUUACUCCCUCGCUGGUAUGCCAGACGAUUACAGCACCAGACUCGAUGCCGUCCAAGAGGAUUUCCAAGAGCAGAUAUCCCUUGCCACGCUUGUGCUUCACGUUACGGUGGCCGACGAGCAACUAGACCCGGACACUUUCCCCUCUGAGGAGACCGGCGAGCUGCCCGUUCUCCGCAUCGAAACUCUCAAAAUCGCGCAGCAGUUCAUCGACAUGCUAUCUGUUGCCUCCCUUGAUGACAACAACCUUUCUUCGGAGGCAUUAGAACGCCUUCGUAACCCGCCUCAGGAGCUUUUAGAUCUCAGCAACGAUGUACUACGACUUUUGAUCGAAAUUUAUCUGUCUCUUGACAAUGCUGCGGAUGAUAUCUACGAGCGUGUCCGACAGUCAAUUGCCCACACCCCGCCACACCUCCAAAUGCUUUCCCUUGAUCAAGUGAAGCGCAGGGUCCGGGAGAUUAGCGGAGUUUACCCAUUGUUCACCGACAUGUGUGUUAACAGCUGUGUUGGGUUCACAGGCCCAUUCACUGAGCUCGACAAGUGUCCCGGAUGUGGCGAGUCACGUUGGGACAACAGACCAGGUGUCGAAUCAAGUGCAGGUCGCAAGGCUCGUCAACAAUUCCUAACAAAUCCAGUUGGCCCGCAAGUGCAGGCAGCAUGGCGAUCUCAUGAAGGUGCUUCUGCAAUGAAGUACCGUCAGCAGUGUACAAAGUGGGUACUCGAUGAUUUGAGGAAGAACAGCAACCAGAUUCUUGAGCUCAACGAUUGGAUCCAUGGCUUCGAGUACAUCGAGGCGGUCAACCGUGGAGAUAUCACCAAAAACUCAACCACUCUCAUGCUCUCGCUCGACGGUGCACAGCUCUAUUGCAACAAGCAGUCAGAUUGCUGGAUGUACAUCUGGGUUCUGCUUGACCGAAGCCCAGAUUCUCGCUACAAAAAGCACCAUGUCCUUAUCAGAGGUGUUAUACUGGGCCCAAACAAGCCGAAGAACAUCGACUCGUUCCUAUUCCCCGGCUUCCCAUCAGCAAAAAAAUAG